AUGGGCAACGAAGAGGCGGCCUCGAUCUGCGAGAAGGCCGGUGAGCAGGCAAAGACCGCCCAGGAGUUGGUGGACCAGUCAAGGACUUUCUUGACAGCGAGGCAGAGGGAAAACCAGGGCAAUGCUGCCAGCCAAGACACCGUGAAGAGCCUCCAGACUCGCCUGGCGGCUGCCAGCACUGCCUUGAGCAAAGCCAAGAAGACGGUGAGCAAUCGAGAACACAAGUUCGUGGCCAAGAAGCUUCUUCAUGAGGUGGAGGAGAUGAUUGCAUCCUUAGAACCGGAGGUGAAGGCAGCAGAGGAAGCUUGCAUCCCUUUGCUGGAGAAGGGCGGCGAAGAAUUCCUGGUGGCUGGAAGCUUGAGGACUUUGGCUUCUGCCUUGAGGGCUCAUGGGAAAGAAAAGAGCCUUGAUGUGACCGGUCUCUUCAACGAGGCGGGUGGUGGAAAGCCCAUCAGCGAGGCAGACUUCGUGCACUAUUUGGAGCAACUCCCUGAGGCGUUGGGACGACCAUUUCGCCACUAUGGAUUGCCAGUGUGA